CCGCCCUCCGCUGCUUCCCAGCCAACUUGGACUUGAAUGAGGUGCCGCACAAGUCCGUCACGCCGCCAGACGGGUGGAAAGUAGCACAGACCGUCUGGGAAUAACAGCGGGAAGACUGGAGUACAGAGGCAGGAGAGCGGGACGGGGGUGGAGGGACGUCGGCUAAAGGAAAGCCACGGUGAAGCGAGAGCGAGCACCGUCCGUUUUCCACGUCGAUCCGCGGGAUCGUUUCAAUGUUCAGCUUCAUGGGUCUGAUGAACGGAACCACCGACACCCACACCAAUGUCUCCUGUACAUGUGACUGCAAGCGAUCCACUUCAUUCCAGAGUAUGGCGAUCACCCAGUUGGAGUUUGUUCAGAUUCUGGUGAUUGUGGUGGUGAUGAUGAUGAUGGUGGUGGUCAUCACGUGUCUGUUGAAUCACUACAGACUGUCUGCUCGAUCCCUCAUGUCUCGGCAUGGACAAGCACGCAGACAACACCUGCCCCUGCCGUCGGAGGGCAGUUUGUGGUCAUCAGAUGGUCCAGGAUCUUCUAGUGUUGUGACUGAGCAGGUGUAUACUCCUCGACCGCCAGGCCGUGUGCCAUCUUACCUUCAGCGCGAGCGUCUGUCUCGCUUCCAGCCCACGUACCCGUACCUGCCACACGCAAUCAUUGACCUGCCCCCGACCAUCUCGCUGUCAGAUGGAGAGGAGCCGCCGCCUUAUCAGGGUCCCUGUACGCUUCAGCUGAGAGACCCGGAGCAACAGCUCGAGCUGAACCGAGAGUCUGUGCGAGCCCCUCCAAACCGCACCGUCUUUGACAGUCCGCUCAUCGACGCGUCACUGUGCCCACCCAGCGUCAAUGCGGGCAUCAGCGCCGGGCGGCUAGAAGGCGCUCCGCCUGCGUACAACGAAGUUAUAGGGCACUACUACCACCCCACCUCAUUACCGCGACACACGCACACUCAAUCCGGCACGGUUGUGCCGCCAACGGUGCUGGUACACGGCGUGCUUCCACCGCAACUCAUCCGCACGGACAGCAGGAAUGCCCGCAACAAAGAGAAACACAAAGCACAGCAGGUUUGACGGCCUCCAGCAUGAGGGCUAGUCAGAGUCUUGGCACAUUAGUAUCCACACCCGUGUGUCCUUUGAACUGUCGUGUAAGUGCUGGAAAGCAUGCUGGGAGAAAAAUCACUGCCGGCUCUCUUCUCAAAACCUCGCUGAAGAAACGCAGAGGUCAUAAGCGUUCUAUAAAUAUUUACAUGGUGUUUGUCAUCAAUGCUCUUAGCUUUCUCUAUAUACUGACAAACUCAAGCAAAAAACGGUUUCCUUUUACGAUUGCAAGGCUGCAGUUUGGGUCAUAUUCCUGUGACCGUGACGAGAUUGGAAUACUGGAAGUCUUCCUUUUUAGAAAUGACUUUUUUCAUUCCAGUGUUCUAGUGUUUGAUUGGUGUGCCAGUCAUUCACUCAGUGAUUAAUGCAUCAUUUACCACAGUGGUCGGUUCAGAACAGUUUGCAUAAAAGGUGCCAAUGUGUUUUUACAUCCAUGCAUGCUGGUGCAUCACAAAAAUGAACUGCUAAAUGUAUCGGCAGAGAUGGUGUUGAUUCAUUUGUUUGUUUGAAGUUAGAGAGAAUAGUUGCUGAUUAUUUGUUGGGGUGCCAACUCGACACGCUUUUCAAAUUGUGCUGUGCGUGUACCAUACGCAGGUAUGUGCAUUAAUGGAUGUGUAUAUAGGCUACUAUAUAAAUAUAUAUAUACAUGUAUAUGGAAAGCUAAAAAAACAAACUUAAAAAGCACGAUUUUAGAGUUAUUUAUAUAAAUGUCUAAAAUUGCACUAUUUUUAAUAUAACAAUAUGACGAGCGGAGGCUUGUGAACAGUCCACAGAUAGCGUGAGUGUUGGAUGGACUAUCAGAUGCCUUUUGCUUCACAGCUCGACUGAACGAAUAAAAAAAUCAACGGAGAGUUCUAGAGAUUGUGCAGUCGUCUUAAGCCUUAGAACUAGUUAAAGUAAACUAGUGUAGUUUAAAAGCCCUUCAAGUCCUCAAAUGUGUUUGCCUUAAUUUUAUUGUAGAUUCUAGAAGUCUGUGUAAUCUCAAAUUCACAAUCAUUGUUUAGGACAGAAUUCUAGAAUGAUAACGAUCAAGAUUUCUUCUGUUGUGCCGUGGCACACCGGCUCACUUCCUGUCCAGCUGUGCGGCGUCUCUUUAUUGCACUUUACAGACUGGAAAACAAUCGACACCUGCCGCCGCUCGUUUCAACCAGAGGAAGACCAAACAAAUGCGAAUUAAUAUGCAACUGCUCCCUCAUCGGUCAAGCACGCAGAACUACAAGUCACGGGAUGUUUGGACGGAGACAGAUCGUAAUGUCUAGAUCAUUAGUUUGAACAGCAGCCGAGUCACUGAAUCAAUUAAUCACAUUCAACGCAAUCUCAUUCAUAAGCUGCCAAAUAGUGACUCACACAAGUGAACGGUAGACGGCUUUCGGUGAACGCCUGUGACUCGUUUAAAUCUGCCGUGUUCUGAUCGCUGAGGGAAUAUCGGGUCGGACUUUGCUGUGUUUGUUUUUACUCUCGGGGAAACGGCGUUGACAGGAAUUCUGGAGAGAGAAACACAAUGAGGCCUUACAGUUUCCUUCUGUGAAAUUCAAUAUUAAGCUACAUCCACACAAAUACACUUUCAUUUGGAAAUGCAGUCAUUUCACUAUGUUUACAUCUCUCAUCCAGACUGAAACGGCAUUUUCUCUUCAACGGAGAACGCUCUCCAUAACGGCAUACUCAUGAUGAUGAUGAUGAUGAUGAUGAUGAUGAUGAUGACAGGAAAAUAAAAACAUGAAAUCAUAUUAGUUUGCACAAUCAGUUUUAGUUUGAAAAUGCAUUCAUUUUAGUACGUUUACGCCUGUCUUUGGCACUAGAACAGUGUUUUCCUGCACACUUUGGACAUCGAUGACAUUAGGAAACUGCACAGGGAGUUUUCAAAUGAAAGCGAAUUAGUGUGGACGUGGCCUUGGAAUAACUAUUUUCUAUUGAUUUUGGGAACUAUUCAUUGAGCAUUUUAAUGGUAUGUUCUGGAUAAUUACUCAGUAUUCACCCAUUCACACAUCCAAAAAUUCUCUAAAUAUUUACUCACUCUGAUGUCGUUCCAAAAUUCCUCCUCUUGUGUUCCACAUACGAGAGAACGUCAUGUGUGUUACGAUUACAGAUUUGUACUUUUUGAAAAAUAUCUUCCGAUUCCAGCGUUAAAACCAAGUGUUAAAAUAGAAUAAAAGGGUUAACUAGCUGGUAACUGUGCCCAUGGGUUAACUAGCUCUCUCCAGUCUGGCAUGAGGUCUUCCCUUUACAGAGAUGCCCACUCCGUACCCGCUGAGAUGCCGGUGUAGCCUGAUCCCUCAGUCACAUGACCUGGCACCAGUCAGCCAAUCAGGUGGCCGUUGACAGGAAGUGAUAUUGUAUGGAUGAUGAGGAUAAUAAGUUAGUUUAGUGGAGAGAGUUGCAAUAUACCGACUGUUUGCCUUUUGAUAAUGUAGUUGUUUAGCUAAGAUGAAAAAUGUACUAGUUGUUGAUUUUGUUAUUUGUUCUUGUUGCUUUUUCUCUUAAAGGUCAUUUUUAUGUUUGCGUACACUCUUUAAACAAAUGCCAGAUUUAUUAUGAUUUAUGCAUCCAGAUAAUGUUUAAUAUGCCCCUUUGCUUUAGUUUCCUUCAGACUGCUCAUUAGUUAAAGUGAGUGUUAACCUGAGAACCCGUAAUCAUCGAGAUGUCACUCUCGUGUGACGUGUGCCUUUGAGUAGCCAGUAAAAACUCAUGUGUGCUGUUUUUAGUGCGAUUACUCUCCAUUCUGUUGCCUUCUCAUGUCAGACUCUCCCUAAAAACAUUGGAAUCUGUUCUUGAAAAGACGUGUUGAUUGCAGUUUUGAUUUUGUCACAUUUUAAGCACAAUAUGUAACCAAACAUUGGGGCUGUUUAAAAAGAUCUUGCAUUCACAUCAUCUUAAUGUUGCUUUAAGUUUGUGUUUCACAGAUCGGAUGAACAAUGAGUCACUGAACCAGACGCUUUUAAAAGCUCCACUUGAGUUGAUUUGCUCAGUCCGACUGUGAAACGCAAGUUUCUGGAUCACUAACUCAGACAUUUGCUGGGUUCAUAAUCCGAUAACUGAAGGCUUUCCAUGUAAAAGAGGCAUUUCCAAAGAAGGACUUUUCUCGACAACCCUUUUACACAGUUGAAAGGGGUCAAAUGACUUGAUUAAAGCUCUUAUCUUUUGUUUCUUUCUCAUUUCUCUUUGCUUGCAUAUUGUUUUGAGGAUUCGUUUGAACAUUGAACGUUUCACUGUGGUUGCAGUAUGAACAUAUUUAUAUUGAGAGUUUUGUGAAGCAUCUGCAGUGGUACUGUUUUCCUGGAUACUUCGUUUUUCUGUCCAUCACAUUCACUUGAUAUAUUUGCAUGUUUCUAGCUGAAAUGCAUAUAAUAAAUGCCUCUUAUUGUCAACAAUGACCGCUUACAUGUAACUGUUUUAUUUUUAUUUAUAUCAGAUCCUGAAAAGUGUUACUGGAUUUUAUCUGGGACAGUGUCUAUAACACAAUCUGAUACAUUUCAAUUAGCUGCCAAUUAAACAUUUUAUAAAAUAAUAGA